AUGCCUCGUGGACUCAAUGCGGCGCGCAAGCUGCGCAUGAACCGUAAGGACCAGAAGUGGGCCGAUCUCGGAUACAAGAAGCGUGCCCUCGGUACCGCUUUCAAGUCCUCCCCUUUCGGUGGUUCCUCCCACGCCAAGGGCAUCGUCCUCGAGAAGGUCGGUGUCGAGGCCAAGCAGCCCAACUCCGCUAUCCGAAAGUGCGUUCGUGUUCAGUUGAUCAAGAACGGCAAGAAGGUCACUGCUUUCGUCCCCAACGACGGUUGCUUGAACUUCGUCGACGAGAACGACGAGGUCCUCCUGGCCGGUUUCGGUCGCAAGGGCAAGGCCAAGGGUGAUAUUCCCGGUGUCCGUUUCAAGGUCGUCAAGGUCUCUGGUGUCGGUCUGCUCGCUCUGUGGAAGGAGAAGAAGGAGAAGCCCAGAUCCUAA